AUGGCGGAGAGGAAGUCAAAGAAGUCCAUCGCCCGGAGACUACCUAUCCACGACUUUCAGGACGACAUUGUCGCGGAUGUACGCAGAUCCAAGGCACUUGUUGUUGUUGGGUAUACUGGGAGUGGAAAAACUACACAGCUGCCUCAAUUUCUGUACGAAGCAGUUUGCAGUAAACAUGGUAUGAUUGGUGUGACCCAGCCCCGCAGAGUGGCGGCCCUGUCUGUAGCGGCCAGGGUCGCACAGGAGAUGAAAUGCACCCUGGGAAGGGAAGUGGGGUAUCAAGUGAGGUUUGAUGACUGCACAUCACAGGACACACAGAUUAAGUACAUGACUGACGGCUGCCUUCUGCGGGAGUUUCUAGAUGACAGAGAGCUGAGCAGAUACAGUGUUAUCAUUCUGGAUGAAGCUCAUGAAAGGAGCCUGGACACGGACAUUUUGUUUGGCUUGAUGAAGGAAAAGUUUCUCAGGGAAGAGGAAGACUCAGUACGGAGACAUCAGCUGAAGGUGGUGGUGAUGUCAGCAACCCUGGACAGCGGCAAGUUUUCCAAGUUCUUCAACAGCUGCCCUGUGUUUGAGAUUCCCGGGAAGCUGUUUCCUGUAAAGGAUGUCUACUGUAACAUGAUCAAGCCUGAAGAUGUCAAGAAUCCCAGUUACUGUAGUCAGGCAGUGCGAGUAGUGAUGGACAUCCACACGGACCAACCACAGGGAGACAUUCUGGUGUUCCUCACAGGCCAGGCAGAAAUUGAGAAGACCUGUGAUAUCCUGUACAAGAAGUCAGAGGAACUGGACUACAGGGAAGAUGUGCGAGACCCUGAUGUGACCUCACUACUCAUCCUACCCGUGUAUGGAUCCAUGCCAACUGAACAACAACAGAGGAUCUUUUCCCCUGCUGACUCGGGAGUUAGGAAAUGUAUAGUUGCUACGAAUAUAGCAGGAACAUCGCUCACUAUUGAUGGCAUUAGAUAUGUUGUGGACAGCGGUUUUGUGAAACAGCUGUCCUACAACCCCAGGACAGGACUGGACACCCUCCAGGUUGUGCCUAUAUCCAAAUCAGAAGCCAUCCAGAGAGCAGGGAGAGCUGGUAGGACAGCACCUGGCAGGUGUUACAGACUAUACAACAGAGAAUUCUAUGACCAGUGCAUGCCUGAGGACAUGUUGCCAGAGAUCCAGCGCACCAGCCUGACCAGUGUGGUGCUCAGUCUCAAGUCCAUGGGGAUUCACAAUGUCCUCAGGUUUCACUACCUGGACCCACCCGAGGAGCGCAUGUUGUUAGAGGCACUGAAACAACUCUUCUACUUUGAUGCCAUUGACAGGUCUGGCCGUGUGACCCCCCUGGGGAGGCUCCUGGUGCAGUACCCCCUGCCCCCAGGCCUGGCGAGGGCUGUGAUCUCCUCAGGCUCCCACGGCUGCCAGGACCUGCUGCUGCCCAUCGCUGCCAUGCUGUCUGUGGAAAAUGUCUUCAUCAGACCUGCUGAGGGGAAGAAGCAGGUGGAGGCUCAGCAGUGUCACCAGAGGUUAGCUCACCUGGCAGGGGGGAGUAAUGACUUCACUACACUGCUCACAGUCUUCCAGAAAAGUAAAGAAAGUGACUCCCCAGCUCGAUGGUGCAGAGAGAACUACAUCCACUGGAGAGGGGUGAAGAUGGCCCUGAGCAUACAUCAGCAGCUGCAGGGGAUCCUGGACAAGCAAACUCAGUCAGCAGACUUCCCCAGACAGAAGCUGGCAGGUUCCCAGAGUGAGCUGCUGAGGAGGGCGCUGUGCGACGGCUUCUUCAACCACAUAGCCAGGAGAUCUGCCACAGGCCGGAGCUUCCGAACAAUGGAUGGCCACGCCUCCACCGUCUUCAUUCAUCCAUCCUCAGUGCUGUUUGGAGAGGAAGCCCAGUUGGACUGGGUGAUUUUCCAUGAGGUGGUGUGGACAUCCAAGGUCUACAUGAGAACAGUCUGUCCGGUCAGAUACAGCUGGGUGCAGGACCUGCUUCCCAAGCUGCACCAGCUGGACCUAUCCUCGCUCAGCGGCUGUCAGCUGAUCUCUGAUGAGCCCACACCAACUGCACAGGAUGUACACAAACCACUUCUGGGAGGUCAAGAGGCCUCCAGUUCCCUCAUCCCUGAUGUCAGCAAGCUUGCGAAGAGGAACGAUGACUCCUCCAUCUCCGAGGCACGACUCAGGUACCUACAAAGGAAGGAGGCUAGAGGGAAGGCCAAGAGAUGACACAAGUCUUUCCACUGGUGCAAGGCUCUGGCUUCACAUGUUCUUACGACUGAAAUAAAUGUACAUACUUUGACAUUGAUAAAUCAAGUGUGUUCUCAGAUGCUAUCUUUCAACACUUACAUGAUUCUGGUAUUACCUUGCUUGUAUAUUUUCUGUCCACAUUAAAAGGUGUCAACCAGUUUUAGACAUACA